AUGUCUCUACCUCAGUCACUCAGAGAAUCAGCCUCACCUGCUGAACUGGAAUUUAUCGCCUCUCAACAACUCCUUGAAAUCAUCCCCCUCAUCGCCAUGGAACGAACCGUGUUCAUCAGCGGCACAUAUGGCCCACUACAACCACCUCGCAGAGCGAAGGUCCCAAUUUGGCUUGCCACAAAUCUCAAGCUAAAGAAGAAGUGCCGCAUUAUACCUCCUGACUGGCUGACGGUAGGCACGUUUGCAACUUUUCUCAUCUUGGAACGACCUCUUAACAACCGCUUAGACCAUCUGAGAGACUGCUGCGAAGAGGAAACAAAUAACCCGAAGUUCAGCAAGCUUCCCUUCCGUUUCGCUGAAGUAGCAAAGGUCUUGUUAGACGUCGCACCAGACGACCUCGAAGACGCUGACCAACUUCGCCUCCUCUUGAAGAACCUCCGCGAAGCACGACAAGCAAAAACACGAGACGGUCUACAGAACCUCAAUCCGAACGAGCUUCACGUCGAGAACAUGUGCUCCAUGGAGAUCAACGAGAUCAGGCCCUUCUUCGUCCAGUCGAUGGCGAUCUUGGGCCAGUUGACGCGCAGACCAGCCGCGGAGGCGGAUAUCUCAGCUUUCGCGGACUAG